AUGGACGCCCUCGUGGCCAAGUACAGCCGCCCCGCGGCAGAGGAAUCAGACCCCUUCGAGAAUGAGCUGGAGUCUCAAGAUCUCAUGAACCCGGCGGAUCAUCUCUCUCUAAAGUUUGCCAUGCCACCUGUUGCUCAGCCUUCCUCAUGGCUCCGCGCUGCGACCGACGACCGAUCCAACCCAGAGUGCCCCAUCAAGAUCGCCCACGGUACCACAACCCUCGCCUUCCGCUUCCGGGGCGGCAUCAUUGUCGCGACCGAUUCCCGUGCCACCGCCGGCGACUGGAUUGCCAGCCAGACCGUCAAGAAGGUCAUUGAGAUCAACAGCGUCCUGCUGGGCACCAUGGCCGGUGGCGCCGCCGACUGCCAGUACUGGCUCGCCUGGCUGGGCAUGCAGUGCCGCCUGCACGAGCUGCGUCACAAGCGCCGCAUCAGCGUCGCCGCCGCGAGCAAGAUCCUCGCCAACCUCGUGUAUUCGUACAAGGGCAUGGGGUUGAGCAUGGGCACCAUGUGCGCGGGCGUCACGGCCGAGGAAGGACCUGCGCUGUACUACGUCGACAGCGACGGGACGCGGCUGGCGGGCAACCUGUUCUGCGUGGGGUCCGGUCAGACCUUUGCGUACGGUGUGCUGGACGCCGAGUACAAGUACGAGCUGAGCAACGAGGAGGCACUGGAGCUCGGGCGGAGGAGUAUCCUCGCGGCGGCGCACAGAGAUGCCUACUCUGGUGGCUACAUCAACCUGUACCACAUUGAGGAGAAGGGCUGGACACGCCACGGAUUCAGCGACACGAACCCCAUCUUCUGGAAGACCAAGCUCGAGAAGGGCGAGUUCUCCAACGUUACGAGCGAGCUGGAGUAG